AAGCCCAGAAAGGGGCUUCCCGGGGCAGCAAGGCAUCUUUCCUCCCUCCCUCCGACAUGAUGCCCCUGCACCUGCUUCUCUUGGACCCGCAGUCGCUGGAGGCGGUGGCAGCAGCCACAGCUGUGACCAGGCAACAGCGGCAGCCCUGCCAGCUCCCGCCCAGCUCUCAUUGAGAAAAGGGAACGGAGCAGGAGGGGGAGGAGAGCUCCCUGCAAAGCCGCCUCAGAGCAGCCAAGGAGACUCUGGGAAUGGGCACAGGACUCUUCUGACGUGGUGGCUCCGCGGGAGCUGGAAGACAGAAGGGGAAAGGGAAAAGCCUGCGGAGAGUAUCAAAGGCUGAGGGGAGCCAUAAAAGGAGCUGGGGAGUCCUUUGCGAGGAAUUAUCUGUCGUGCGCUGGAAUGCUUUCUGGAGAAGGUGCCAAGGCUUUCUUCCCCUUUCUCCCAGAUGAAAGGAGCCAGCCAGGACUGUCCUGAAGUACUCCCGAGGGGCCUCUUUGUCAUUGUUCCUCCUUCCCUGCGCAGGGCUCUUUGCUGACCUUUCUAGAGGACUUUCUGUCCAGCUGAGAAGACACUUCCUAAUAAACGAAACAGUUCCUGCCCGUGGAGGUAGUCACGGCUUGCUUGCUGCAGUUCUUCUCCUGUGACAUUUUGGAAUGUCUGCAGAAACUUAAAAACAAAACAACAACAACAAACAAACAGCAGCAACAACAACAACAACAAAAAUUCCUCAAAACUCCCUGAAAUAGGCAAAAGAAAAAAAGGAGGGGGGGUAUUUUGUUUUGUUUCUUACCAAAGAGGAGUAAAUGAGAGGUUAUCUGAACUUGGGACUUGGGUGAUCAGAACCCCGGGAGUUCUAGGAAUCACCACUCCAGACCUGGCACAUAAACAAACAUGAGGAGCAGCUGUGUGGGCCGCCACACAGAGGCAGGUUUAAAGGAAGCCUGAGCCGGUGUCACAACUUGGGGCCUGUAUGAUGCCUGAAGACCGAAAUUCGGGGGGACGCCCCUCCGGUGCCUUACCCUCAGCUCCUUUCAUCCCCAAAACUACAUACAGAAGAAUCAAACGGUGCUUUAGUUUCCGGAAAGGUAUUUUUGGACAGAAACUGGAAGACACGGUCCGCUAUGAAAAGCGGUACGGGAACCGGCUGGCGCCCAUGCUGGUGGAACAGUGCGUGGACUUCAUCCGACAGCGGGGGCUGAAGGAAGAGGGCCUCUUCCGACUGCCGGGCCAGGCCAACCUGGUCAAGGAGCUCCAGGACGCCUUCGACUGCGGGGAGAAGCCCUCCUUUGACAGCAACACAGAUGUACACACUGUGGCAUCCCUGCUGAAACUGUACCUCCGGGAACUCCCAGAGCCCGUCAUUCCUUACGCAAAGUACGAAGACUUUCUGUCGUGUGCCACGCUGCUCAGCAAGGACGAAGAUGCGGGUGUUAAGGAGUUAGUGAAGCAAGUGAAGAGCCUGCCCGUGGUUAACUACAACCUCCUCAAGUACAUUUGCAGGUUUCUGGAUGAAGUCCAGUCCUAUUCAGGAGUUAACAAGAUGAGUGCACAGAACUUGGCAACUGUCUUUGGUCCCAACAUCCUGCGCCCGAAGGUGGAAGACCCUUUGACCAUCAUGGAGGGCACUGUGGUGGUCCAGCAGCUGAUGUCAGUGAUGAUCAGCAAACAUGACUGUCUCUUCCCCAGAGACGCAGAACUGCAAAGCAGGCCCCAGGAUGGACUGAGUGGCAACAACAACGAGGGUCCUAAGAAAGCCACGAUGGGCCAGUUACAGAACAAGGAGAACAACAACACCAAGGACAGCCCCGGCAGGCGGUGCUCCUGGGACAAGCCUGAGUCCCCCCAGAGAAGCAGCAUGGACAACGGCUCUCCCACAGCUCUGCCAGGCAGCAAGGCCAACAGCCCAAGGAACAGCAUGCAGAAGCUGGACGUGUCAAGGAGCCCCCCUCUCAUGGUCAAAAAGAACCCAGCCUUCAAUAAGGGCAGUGGGAUAGUCACCAACGGUUCGUUCAGCAGCAGCACAGCAGAAGGCGCCGAGCAAACCCAAACCACCGCUACCGGGACUUUACAAGCCAGAAGGACCUCGUCCCUGAAGAGUUCUGGUACCAAAAUGGGCACCCACAGUGUGCAGAACGGCACCGUCCGCAUGGGUAUUUUGAACAAUGACACGCUAGGGAACCCCUUGAACGGUCGAAGCAUGAGCUGGCUGCCCAACGGCUACGUGACCCUGCGAGAUAACAAGCAGAAGGAGCAAAGCGGAGAGUCGGGCCAGCACAACAGACUGUCCACCUACGACAAUGUCCACCAGCAGUUCUCACUGAUGGCCCUUGAUGACAAGCACAGCGUGGACAGCGCCACCUGGUCCACCUCCUCCUGCGAGAUCUCCCUCCCCGAGAACUCCAACUCCUGUCGCUCCUCGACCACCACCUGCCCAGAGCAAGACUUUUACGGUGGGAACUUUGAGGACCCCGUCUUAGACGGGGCCCCGCAGGAUGAGCUGUCUCAUCCGGGGGACUAUGAGAACAAGAGUGACCGCAGGAGCGUGGGUGGCCGCAGUAGCCGUGCCACCAGCAGCAGCGACAACAGCGAGACGUUUGUCGCCAACAGCACCAGCAACCACAGCGCGCUUCACAGCUUAGUGUCUAGCCUGAAACAGGAAAUGACCAAGCAGAAGAUCGAGUACGAGUCCAGGAUAAAAAGCUUAGAACAGCGGAACUUGACUUUGGAGACAGAAAUGCUGAGUCUCCACGACGAACUGGAUCAAGAGAGGAAAAAGUUCACCAUGAUAGAAAUCAAGAUGAGAAAUGCUGAGCGGGCGAAGGAGGAUGCGGAGAAAAGGAAUGACAUGCUGCAGAAGGAGAUGGAGCAGUUCUUCUCCACCUUCGGGGACCUGACGGUGGAGCCCAGGAGAAGCGAGAGGGGAAACACCAUUUGGAUCCAGUGAGCCGCUCGCUUCGGUCCCCGGCGGCUGGAGGGAGGACUCGGGGGACUUGGGGGCAAACAGUGUCGGGGGAAAGCGUGGGAUCAGAUGGCUGGUCUGUGUAGAGCUUCAUCUGGUAUGGGAAUCUCACUUACAGACAUCACUAUCCAUAACCACAGUGUGUACCAAAGUUAUAUCACGCUCCAUAACGCUACUGUCGAGUGUUACAACUGGAUAUGUGUAUAGAGAGUAGUUUUUAAAACGUCAGCUAAGAAUAAGAAGCAUAGCUCAAUGAUUAUUUUAUUGCAAGUCCUGUAUUUAAAUGUUGAAUCAAUAUGUUGUUGGAAUUUAGCUUGCAUUCAAGCUCCGCCCCUUGCACUUAACAUAAGCUAUUUUUGGCAUUCGUGUUAUCAUCCGCUUAUUUUAUAGAUCAAUAUUUUUAUUUCCCCUUUUGUUGAGGAAAUGAAGAUAAGAAGAAAUAUAAAUAUAUAAAUAUAUAUAAGAGGAGUUAUUAAAGUCAAGAGAAUACUUUGUGGCUGUGCUGUUUGUGCCAAUAGACCUUGCCAUGACCAAAAAGAGAAAUGUAAAAGAAAGUUUUAUAAAAUAUAGUAGAA